AGUGCAGCAGUCCUCCAAGUACGCGACACCAACUCUUCUGUUGCACUUUCGUCCCCUGUCAAAUGUCCUGCUUGGAACUCAGCCUUGUACAACACCACCACUGGUAGCUCCUUCGCUGUGGACUGUGGCCAUGACCUUCCUCAAGGUGACAUGCACUGGGAGUACACCGCCAAUAUGGAUGAUUGCAUUGACCUCUGCGACUCUACUCCCGGCUGUGUCGCUGUCUCUCGCAGUGGCCAAGCCUGCUACUUGAAGAACAGGAUCAACACCCCAAGCACCAACGGUGGUGUUGUCAGUGCACGCAUCUUCGUGUCUAACGGAACCGCUUCUGGACGUACUCCCUACAUCAGCUGCCCAUCUUGGAACAACACAUUCUACAAUGAUACUGUCACUGGCACUUCUUGGAAGGUCGAGUGCGAUCUCAACCACCAAGGUGGAGAUCUUGGCCUCACUUAUGCCGACUCGCUCGAACAGUGCGCCAAGGAUUGUGAUCUUGCACCCGGUUGUGUUGCGGCUGUGUACCAGGGUAAUGCUUGUUACCAAAAGAGAAGCGUCGGCAAGGCCAGUCAAGCCGUCGGUCUUCUAGGCGUCCGCUUGAUCACCAAGCCUGAUGUCAAUCUCUAUGCAGCAACCGACGCAGCCUCUAUCGCCGCAGACGCUGCUGUGGCAAGAGUCAACCACAAGACCAGCAAGGUUCCUGGCAAGGCUUUUGACCGUUUCGUUACUAUCUGGCUUGAGAACACCGAUUUUGCUGCUGCUCAAGGCGAUCCCAAUCUCGCUUGGCUGGCACAGAAGGGUAUCGCUCUCAACAACUAUUUUGGUGUUACUCAUCCAAGUGAGCCUAACUAUCUGGCUGCCAUCUGUGGUGAUCAUUUCGGUCUUGCCGAUGACGCCUUCCGCCAGGUCCCAGAUAAUGUCUCCAGCAUCGUCGAUCUGCUAGAAGACAAGGGCAUCAGCUGGGCCGAGUAUCAGGAGCACAUGCCCUACGCUGGAUUUGAAGGGUUUUCCUGGGUCAAUCAGAAGACCCGUGCAAAUGAUUAUGUCCGCAAGCACAAUCCUGCUGGUGAGCAUCAUGAAAGUCUUUUGCCCUCCGAAAACGCUAANUCCUCUCCAGUCCUGAUGAACUCUGUCGCCGAGAAUCUCGACCGCCUGGCAAACAUCAAGAACUUCGACCAGUUCCAAGCCGAUCUUGAGGCCAACACCCUGCCGCAAUGGAUGUUCCUCACACCAAACAUGACCAAUGAUGGCCACGAUACCUCGGUCACGACUGCUGGUGCCUGGGCACGUCAGUUCCUGACCCCUCUGUUGAACGACACCCGUUUUAUGCAAAACACCCUCGUUCUUCUGACGUUCGAUGAGAGUCACACAUACAUAACUCAGAACAGAGUCUUCUCAAUUAUUUUGGGUGACAGUAUCAGCAAGGACCUCAUAGGGACCCAAGACAACAACUUCUACAACCACUACUCUGAGCUCUCGACUGUGGAAGCCAACUGGGACCUGGACACUUUAGGUCGUUGGGAUGUUGGGGCGAAUCUCUUCAAACUUGUCGCCGACAAGACUGGUGAUACCAUCGUUCCUUGGUCGGAUGCUCAGUCACCUUCCGGCUCUGUUCACCUUGCCAAUUCCUACCCUGGUUACUUCAACUCUGUCUACAGACGUAUUCCUGCUCCUGUCAUUUCCCUUGUGCAGAAUGGCCGCAAAGUCUGGGGUCCUAUUCAGAACCUUUGGAGGGGUCAGGAUGCGCCGUCUUAUUACUCCAACACAGUGGAGAUUCCCGAUGGCUCGCGCCCACCUUCGUGGUAA